AUGGUCACGGGCUCGUAUGACGGGAUGCUUCGGCUGUGGGACUUGAAAACGGGUUUAGUGUUGAAGAAGAUGGAGGGGCAUCGCAGUCGGGUGCGGGCAUUGGCUGUUUCACCAAAUGGGUGCUGGAUAGCAAGCGGUGAUGAGAGCGGAGAGCUCAUCGCCUGGAAUGGACAAACUGGGGAACUACUCAACCAAGCAAUCAAAGCCCAUGACGGCUGGAUAUUUUCACUUGACUUUUCGCGGGAUAGGUACAACUGCAGCACGCUGGCCAGUGGAUCAUCUGACACUACCAUGAAGCUAUGGAGCACAUCAACGUGGCGGGUCGGUGAACCCUGGAAGGGCCAUUUCAAGAAUAUCCACGCCAUUUCUCUGAACUCUAGCGGCACUCUCCUUGCCUCUGCAUCUCAUGACAACCGUGUCCGCCUGUGGCGGCUCUCAGAUCGACGAAACAUUGCCAUACUCAAGCACUCUGGGGAGGUGAACUGCGUCACGUUCUCUUUGGAUGACAAGCACAUCCUCAGCGGAGCGGUGAGUACGCGCAGGGAGGGGGUAUCAGUGGGGGAUCGGAGGUCGGGAGAGAAGAUGGAAGGGCACCACAGUCGGGUGCGGGCAUUGGCUGUUUCACCAAAUGGAAAUUGGAUAGCAAGCGGUGAUGAGAGCGGAGAGCUCAUCGCCUGGAAUGGACAAACUGGGGAACUACUCAACCAAGCAAUCAAAGCCCACGACGGCUGGAUAUUCUCGCUUGACUUUUCGCGGGAUUCCAGGGCGCUAGCCAGUGGAUCAUCCGACACCACCACGAAGCUAUGGGACUGGGAUACAUCGACCUGGCUGCAGGUCGGUGAACCCUGGAAGGGCCAUUUCAAGAAUAUCCACGCCAUUUCUCUGAACUCUAGUAGCACUCUCCUCGCCUCCGCAUCUCAUGACAACUGUGUCCGCCUGUGGCGACUCUCGGAUGGACGAAACAUUGCCAUAUUCAAGCACUCCGGGGAGGUGAACUGCGUCACGUUCUCUGCGGAUGGCAAGCACGUCCUCAGUGGAGGUGUGGAUAAAAAGAUUUCAGAGUGGCCAAUAUCCGAGGACGCUUUGCCAGAAAAUGAUCCAAAGGAUGGCCUCAUGACGGAGCAGGCAACGCACCAGGUAAGUUCGUUUUCAUUUUCCUGCCCAUUCAUCAUCUAA